UCUGCAUCCACCACGCACCAUGGGAUCUAUCUCCAACCAAGUUAUCACCAACGAGCCUGCCCCUGGCGUUCCGUACUUCACUCCCUAUCAAGAUAUCCCAUCUGGUACCGCCGUUGUCCCCCAACCCGAUGGCAAGCCUGUCCCAACCUUGUUCCAGCCAUUGACCAUCCGAGGCGUCACGUUCCAAAACCGAAUCUUCCUCUCCCCUCUCUGUCAAUACUCCGCCAAAGACGGUGUUGCACAACCAUGGCACACGGCACAUCUCGGUGGUAUCUUUACGCGAGGACCUGGUCUGACCAUCGUUGAGGCUACCGCCGUGCAACCUCAAGGUCGUAUCUCUCCAUGGGACCUCGGUCUCUGGUCGGACGAACAAAUCAAGCCUCUCGCCGACAUCGUCGAAUUUGCACACACACAGAACCAGAAAAUCGGCAUCCAGCUCGCACAUGCCGGCCGCAAAGCCUCAACCCUUCCACCUUGGUCUGAAGGCGCCAUCCUCGCGAGUACCGAAGCAAGUGGGUGGCCGGACGAUGUUUGGGGACCUUCCGAGAUUCCAUUCCACCCAGCGUUCGCCAAGCCCAAGGCCUUGACAAGGGAAGGGAUCAAGAAGAUUGUCGAGGAUUGGGCUAGCGCUGCCAAGCGUGCCGUCCAGGCUGGUUUCGACGUUAUCGAAAUCCACAGUGCCCACGGAUACCUUUUGCACGAAUUCCUCUCCCCCGUUAGCAACAAACGCACUGACGAGUACGGAGGAAGCUUCGAGAACCGAACACGGUUGCUCGUAGAAGUCGUGGACGCUGUCCGAGCUGUUAUCCCAGAGACGAUGCCUUUGUUCGUGAGAGUUUCGGGCACUGAAUGGCUCGAAGAGGUGCUUCCCGAGGAGCCUUCGUGGAGAUCGGAGGAUACUGUCCGUCUUGCAGGCAUCCUUGCCGAUCACGGCGUUGACCUUCUCGACGUCUCUUCCGGCGGCAACGACCCUCGACAGAAGAUCAAGUCAGGGACGGCAUACCAGGCGCCCUUCGCCGGAGCUGUCAAGCAAGCACUCGGCUCGAAGUUGUUCGUCAGCGCUGUUGGUGGUUUGUACGACGGCAAUGUCGCCCAGGGCAUCCUCGACAAGGGCUGGGCCGAUGCCAUCUUCGUCGGCCGCAUGUUCCAGAAGAACCCUGGUGUCGUUUGGGCUAUGGCAGACGAUCUCGAUGUCGAUAUCACCGCCGCUAAGCAGAUUGGGUGGGGUUUCAAGGGUAGGGGCAAAAAGGCUCUGGGUGAAGAUGUCGGAAAAAAGAAGAAACAGACGGAGGAGGGCUCUAGACUCUGA